CACAAAUCACAAAAUGCGGUCGCUCCACCUCUCCCCGGCGCCACCAAGGCCGCCCCUCCCGACGCUGAGGCGGCGGCCGGCGCCGAAGCCCCACUUCUCCGCUCCCAGUCGUGGGGCUGCUGUCGGUGGUACCUCAUUCUAUUCCGCCGGCCGAAUCUCUUUGCCGCGCCACCUCGCCGCCGCGGCUCCAGAGGCUGGGGCGGCGGCAUCCGGUCCUCCUGACCCCAGCCCUCUCUCCGCGGAGGCCGAGGCCGAACGCGCCAAGCUGGCUCAGGUUAGCAAAAAGCUAGAGAAAACAGCACGGCAUUUCAAGAAUGUGGGCACCCUGGGGUUCUGGUCCCAGUUGGUGUGUACGGUCGUUUCGGCCGGGAUCCUGUCGUUCUCUGCGGUCGCUACAGGGAAUGUAACAGCUCCCUUCACAUUCAGUGCGACUGCGGUUGGCAUCGUCGUGGCCUUCAUCUGCGUCUUCCGGUCAUUUGGUUACAUCCGCCUUUCUGAAAGGCUUAAGAGAACAGCAAACGAUCCUUCUAAGGCUCCUCCACGUGCCGAUGUGGUCAAUAAUCUGAGAAACAGUAUCGUGCUUAACGUUGUUGGAAUGGCUGCUGCAGUUCUGGGCCUGCAGGCAACUGUAGGUGCUUUGGUAGGCAAGGCACUGACUACCUCAUUAGUGCCCUACUACCAGGGGAUACCACCUGGACAGAGUCCCGUUCUUGCUUUAGAUAUCUUCCUUGUUCAGGCUUCAGCCAACACGAUCCUUUCGCAUUUCCUUGGGCUAUCCAGCUCACUGGAGCUACUACGGUCUGUAACAUUGUCUCAGACAGAAGCUGCCCCAGUGCCAAAACCGCCAUUGCGGUCUGUAACAUUGUCUCAAACAGAAGCUGCCCCAGUGCCAAAAACGGCAUGAGCGAGCCCGCAAAUCCUCCUGACCUGAAGAGUAUAUCACCAGUUUUGUUGUUGUUCUCAUAUUGUAGUCCAAUGCGGAUCUAUUGUAUCCAUGGAUCUCCGCUCGUUUUGAACUACAUGAGCUUAAAACAAUCUAAGCGUCUGUUUGGUUGGACUGGGAAAAAAGUUAUUGUGGUCGCGUGUUCUGAAAAAAACUGUUGUAUGUUGUAAGCUAUUAAAAGACUAAAAAUUAUUUGGUAGAAACC